UAUAAGUAGUUCAUUCCGGUAAAAAAUAGUAUCUAUCAUAUUCCUCAUCUCUUGUUAUCUCUUGCUCCUGUGUCUUCUCCAUCACAUCGCAAUAAUCGUACAACAUAUACUUCAUCAAAAUGGCAGACAGUGUUGAGAACAAGUCUAAUCGCCCUCGCGAAACCGUCAAGAUUCUUUAUGACUAUGAGCUCACCAACGCACCCGGCAAGUCCAUCGUUGGCCUCGAAGUCCACUAUGGUCCUAACGGCUGGACGCCGCCGCAUACUCACUCUGGUGCGACCGUCGCCGCCACUGUGAUUAAGGGUCAACUCCUCAGCGGGAUGAACGGUAACCCGCCCAAGGUGUAUCACGCAGGCGAGAGCUUCCGCGAGUUUCCGGGUUGCCAUCACACUGUCAGCGAUAACCCUAGCGACACUGAAGACACAACCUUCAUUGCGGUCAUGGUCAUUGAUACCGAGGUUGUGAAGAAGGGGUAUCAAAAUCUUGUUGUUUUGGAUAAGGAAUGGGAAUGAAUUUGAGAUAGAUACGCGGCUACGGGCGAUAUUUGCUAGGCUAAGCCAGUACCCCCCCUAACUCAGCAAGGUCCAAAGGCUCAUAAUUCUAUACAUCUCACUCUUGGCUGCCCUCUCAAUUCCCAUGCAAUACCGUUUAACCACAAAGUGCGCCCAGAAGCGGGAUAGUUCCUGCUCCAAAGGGAACCGUCUCUCCGAUAAUUGCUCCAAGCUUCUCAACA